AUGCAGCACUCGACCAUUCCCACCAGCACGAUCCAGCACUCGUACAUGCCCACCUCGCACCCAACCAAGGCAGCCAUUCAGCAGAUCCCUGAUGGUCAGAUCCAGAAGCCAACUGGCAGAGUGUACAAGAGAGGAGAGGGACAAGYCAUUGCCAAUCCGGUAGCGAAGCCAAUGGUUGUUGGUAGAAGAUCGGCCGAGUCUCCCUCUGCGUACCCCGGUGGUGGCCCAACCGCCACGAUCGAUGCUGGUGUUGUGCACGGCACUACGACCUCCCUUCCUGCAGCUACGGCGACAGUGAACAAGUACUUGGGAAUUCCGUUCGCAGCCAGUCCACCAGUCCGAUUCUCACCGCCACAGAAACCUAACAGCUGGAGUACGCCAAUCAACGCCACUGCUUUCAAGCCAGCAUGCAUUCAGCAGUUCAUGUACCCGGAAGUUGCUUAUAACUUCGCAAGAGCUAUAUUCAACAGCCCGACUCCAGCAGAGAGCGAGGACUGCCUUUACCUGAACGUGUACGCUCCAUCGACGCCAGCGUCGUCCGAGGGCAGGAGUGUCCUUUUCUGGAUCUAUGGCGGCGCACUCGAAUUCGGCAAUGCUGGAAACCCCAACUAUGACGGAAGCUUGCUCGCCGCAUACCAAGAUGUGAUUGUGGUGACGGUCAACUACAGGACGAACGUCUUCGGAUUUGCAUCUAGUCCUGAGCUACCGCUUGAUAAACAGAACUUGGGUUUCCUGGACCAACGUAUGGGACUUGACUGGGUGCAACGCAACAUCCGUGCUUUCGGCGGAAACCCCGACAAAGUCACGCUGUUUGGCGAGUCGGCCGGUGGUUUCUCCAUUGAUGCGUUAUUGACUUCGUACGGCAAGCACAGUAGCCCACCUUUCCGCGGCGCCAUUCUGGAAUCUGGACAGAUCUCUUACAGCGCCCGACCUGCACCGAGCAGUGCUCCGGCUUGGCUUCAGCUCAGUAGUGCUUUCGGUUGUCCAGGAAGAUUCGACAGUAACAUUACAUGCCUACGUAAUGCGAGUGCUACCGACAUCCAAAGCUACAUCAACAAGAACAGCUUGAAGUUCAACUUCGCUCGAGAUAACGUCACGGCAGUGAGUGAUCCGGCUCAGCGGAGACUCAAUGGCGAAAUUGCGAAGAUUCCAGUCUUGGUUGGCUCAAACUCGCAGGAAGGCCGCGUCUUCGAGGUUGGCCAGAAUAGUAAGGAAGCGACCCGCACUUUUGUCGAUAGAAUCUCAGGAGGUGUAACUGCAUAUGGCGACCUCAUCGAAGCAGCCUUCCCCCUCGGAUCUCCUGGCAUCAACACCCACUACGAUCAAGUCUCCCAGAUCUUCACCGAAUAUGUGUUCCAAUGUACCGCCGCCAAGUAUACCAAUGACAGCGCCUCGGUGGGCAUUCCAGCUUGGAGAUACUACUUCAAUGCCUCUUUCCCGGACACGCAAGCCUUCCCUAACCUCGGAGUUUUCCACGGUAGUGAGAUCCCUCUCGUGUUCGGUACCUACCCUCGUACCAAUGUGACUGUUCAGGAGUACUCAUUGUCUACCGCGAUGAUGGGAAUCUGGGCCCGCUUUGCAAAGAAUCCGUCUGGCGGACCCGGCUGGCCUCCUGUCUCUGCUGGCGCUGCUAGUACCGUGCUUGUGGGCGCAGAAGAUGUUGGAAUGGGAGGAACAUAUAUUGAUGAAUACGGUAUGAGCGUGGGGGGCUCUUACAACCUCGCCGUGCUCGGCAACAGGCACAAUGAGCUGAGCUCUGGUGUGACGAUCAUCGACCAACAAGAGGUUGACCAUCGGUGCGGGAUAUUCGAGCCAACUUACCAGGCUAUAAUCGCGAUGGACAGGGGUUUCUGA